CCUUCUCCGUAUUUAUCUAAAUCUCAUAAUUUUAAUCACUUAUUAAUUAAUUAAUUAAGUGCCACUUGGCUCUCUGUAUAUAUUUACGUCGCGUGACCUUUCACCACCUUCUAUAUUCCUCGUUUGUAUCGCCCCCUCUCUGUUGAAGAGAGAGAGAGAGUCCUCCCCCAACCACCAUUAACCCUCACCAAACCCCUUCCUUCUACGCCAGCUUCCCCUUCGAUCCCCAUGGCUACCAUCUCCAAGCUCUCCACUGCGACCCCUUCUUCUUCUUCUUCUUCUUUCCCGUCUUCGAUCAGGCCCAGGUCGGUUCAGCCCCAGUGCUUCGUUGAUCUGCACAAGGCUGCCGGUUUCACCUCCAAGGUUGCCGCUUCCCGGUUGUCCGUGCGCGGCGGCCGCCCGUCUAAUGUGUCCCUGGUUGUCAGGUGUUCGCAAAGUUCGGGGAAUGGAAGCGCAGCAAAGAGGACGGUUCUUCAUGAUCUGUACGAGCGCGAGGGGCAGAGCCCGUGGUAUGACAACCUCUGCCGUCCCGUGACCGACCUUCUUCCUCUGAUUGAAAGUGGAGUCAGAGGGGUCACUAGCAACCCUGCGAUCUUCCAGAAAGCGAUAUCGUCUUCAAAUGCUUACAACGAUCAAUUCAAGGAACUAGUUCAAUCGAGAAAGGACAUCGAGAGCGCGUACUGGGAGCUUGUGGUAAAGGACAUUCAAGAUGCUUGCAAGCUCUUUGAGCCGAUCUAUGAUCGGACAGACGGUGGCGAUGGCUAUGUUUCUGUGGAGGUCUCCCCAAGACUUGCUGAUGACACCGAAGGUACUGUUGAGGCUGCAAAGUGGCUCCAUAAAGUGGUUGAUUGCCCGAAUGUCUACAUUAAGAUUCCUGCCACUGCCCCAUGCAUCCCCUCGAUCAAGCAAGUAAUCGAAAAGGGAAUCAGUGUCAAUGUUACUCUCAUAUUCUCUUUGGCUCGAUAUGAGGCGGUUAUUGAUGCCUAUUUGGAUGGUCUUGAGGCUUCCGGUUUGGAUGAUCUCUCAAGAGUUACUAGCGUCGCUUCCUUCUUUGUGAGUCGUGUGGACACCCUCAUUGAUAAGCUGCUUGAGAAGAUCGGAACGCCCGAGGCUCUUGAUCUCCGAGGGAAGGCUGCGGUGGCUCAAGCUGCUCUAGCUUACCAGCUUUACCAGAAGAAGUUCUCUGGUCCGAGAUGGGAGGCUCUUGUGAAGAAGGGCGCUAAGAAGCAGAGACUGCUCUGGGCCUCGACCAGUGUGAAGAACCCAGCCUACUCCGACACCCUCUAUGUCGCUCCUCUUAUUGGACCCGAUACAGUCUCGACCAUGCCCGACCAAGCUCUCCAAGCCUUCGUCGACCAUGGAACCGUCUCGAGGACAAUCGACUCGAACGUCUCCGAGGCCGAAGGGAUCUACAGUGCACUCGAGAAGCUGGGCAUUGACUGGAACUACGUGGGGAACCAACUUGAGCUCGAGGGUGUGGAUGCAUUCAAGAAGAGCUUCGACAGCCUCCUCGACACCCUCCAGGAGAAGGCCAACUCACUCAAUCUGGUUAGCCUGUAAGAGCCAACUCCCCCAUGCAAGAGCUUUCAUUGUGGACCUGAAUAAGAAGAGAGCUCGUUACUAUGAUUGUGGAGUAAAGUUGGUAGAUGAUGAUGACCAUGGAAGAAGGGAGGCCAAUGUUGUAAUCGCAAGUUGGGUUUGGUGGUGGUUGGUCAGAUGUUUUCUCUUCUCCUAAAAGUCUACUGAUUUCCUAUGUAGCUCUGUUUGUUCGUUGCGCACUGUUCUUCGAAUGUCGAAAUGGAAAGAGUGAUAAUUUUAUGAUCGCAA